AUGUGGAUAACGGGACAUAUCACCACAGGCAUCUCUUGGAUGGCUUUCAGUGACCAUUGGUUACUCGGGGGUAGUCUUGGGUUCCAUGACUUGCGGCCAAACUCUAACCAUUUGAGUGAAGCGUUUAUGAAUUCCUGUAAUUACAUACAAAAAGGAGUGAAUAAGACAUAUACGACUACUAAUAGCAUAAUAAUGUCUCAAAUCUAUAGUAAAGACUCUUUGGACAGAUUUGGUGACGAUUUGUGUCAACACUUAUUGAGUUACCUAUCAUUUGAGGACCGAUUCACAUAUGAAUGUCUGUCCAAACAGUGGCAACGAGUCGGUUAUCCAAAAUGCGGGAAUUACGGGAACUACAGCUUUGUUUUCAAGACGGAUCCGAAAAUGCGAUUGGAAAUAAGUGGCGAUUUGUUUGACUCCGAUAUCGUAUUGCCUAACGAUUUGUUCAUUGAUUUCAAACGAUUAACACAUUUGACGAUUGGUUUCCCCAUUAAUGAGCAUUUUGCCACAAAACACUUCAUACACUCGUCGACUACUGUACAUAAGCAUCGGAUUGGGUGUCCAGUAUUGGUGUAUAUAUCGAUGGAUGAUGUGGUGGCCAACCCCUGCAAUACUAUGGCAUUUGUCGAGGAGUUCAGACAAAUGGGAAAAUGUCUCAAAUCUAUGCGAAAGACUCUUUGGACAGAUUUGGUGACGAUUUGUGUGAAUAUGUGUUGUCUUUCCUAUCACUUGAAGACCGGUUCCGAUUUGAAUGUCUGUCCAAACAGUGGCAGAGAGUGGUAUUCAAUACACAAACACGACUCGAAUUGA